AUGGCUACCGACGACGAUAACUUCGAUAUUGACAUCUAUGGUGAUGGCGCUUACAGUCCUAAUGAUGCCGGAGGUUUCAAGAAGGAUGAUUCUGAGCUCGUUCUGGAUGCUCCCGAGAAUCAGCCCGAGUCCAACACCGAUACCGUCAAGCAUGGGAACGCUUCUGCCACUCAGACCCAGCAGGUGAACAACAAUGCAGCUCCAUCGGCCCCUCAGCAGCAAGCCCCUCAGCAACAGGCCCCUCAGCAACAGGCCCCUCAGCAACAGGCCCCUCAGCAGCAGACUCUCCACCAUGGUCUGCCUGCACCCCCUCAUGGAGUCAAGCGAAAGGAGUACGAGGACCAGUCCGUCGAUCCAGAUGCUACAACUGCGUUGUUGAUCUCCGAGCUAUCCUGGUGGACUACCGAUGAUGAUAUCCGAGGCUGGGUGAACCAAGCCGGAGUCGAGAACCAGCUUAAGGAGGUCACCUUCAGCGAGCAUAAAGUGAACGGCAAGAGCAAGGGUCAAGCGUUUGUUGAGUUCAGUACCGCGCAGGCAGCGACCGCGACUAAGCACAACAUCGAGAGAAACAGCGGCCCCGCGCGUAAGCACACUGCGAUCUACACCAGCCCCCACCAAAACCCAUUUAAGACUCUGCCCAAGGAUACCCCGACGCGCAAUGCUAGUGGCACCGGCCGCGGCGGUGGUGGUCCCCACAACACCGGUGGCAACCCCAACUACGGCAACCACACCGGUAGCGGAUUCCGCGGCCGAGGCGGCUUCAACAAUCGCGGCAUGGGUGGUAACAUGAACAACUUUAACAACCGCAACAACUUCAAUCCCAUGGGUGGAUACCAAGGUGGCAUGUCUACUCCCAUGAUGGGUGGCUUCCCGGGUGCCCCUAUGGGCGGAAUGCAGAACUACGGAUUCAACAACAACCGCGGCAACAUGAUGGGCGGUAUGCGCGGCGCUGCUGGUAUGCGCGGUGGCGGUCGUGGUGCAAACACCAUGGGUGGUGGUCCGAACAUGAUGGGUCAACAAGGUUUCCAGCCCCCAAACCCCGGAUUCAAUAAUCAGGGCUACUACAACCCUACCAACCCCACCAACCCCAACACUCAGCCUGGCGGCGCCGACGCAGGUUCCUGGAACCCCCACGGUGCGAAGCGCAGCCGCCAAGAUUAA